CGACGCUCCGUCCUGCUCUUGAAGGCAGCACGGCCCCGCCCCCUCCCUCCCCCGCCGCGCUGUGAUUGGCCGGCGCGGCCGUCAGUCGCGGAGUGGGCGGGCCCCGGGCGGCCGUGUGUGCCGUGCUGUAGCUGGGGGAAGGACAGCUGCUCUCGGCGGCGGAGGAACGGAGAGGAACGGGGGGAAGGAAAACUCCACAAUGCGUUAGCCACGGGCAAUGGCUGUUCCCUAACCCGCCGUCUACUUCACUCUCCGCGGCGCUCCGAGAGAACCAUGGCGUGAGGACUACGAGCCGCGCGGAGGAAAAAUAAGUGCGAAAGUGUGGGGAGUUACUCGUCGCGGCGGACUCUGCUGCCGCUGCCUGGAAGUUUUCUCUUGUUUUCCCGUCGGGGGGCCCCGACGGUGGCUGCAGCGGCGGAGGCGGCGGCGGCGGCGGCGGCUCCGGCUCCGGCUCCGGCGGCUCCUCUCACCCCGGAGCGGUGUCCCGGUCUGCCCAGCCCCAUGCAAAACCUCACGGCCCCUGGCGGCCCCGGCAACUCCAAUGUCACCUGCUCCUGCAACUGCACCGCUUCCCAGCCACAGGGAAUGGAGAUAUCUGAACUGGAGUUUGUUCAGAUCGUCAUCAUCAUCGUGGUGAUGACGGUGAUGGUGGUGGUGAUCAUCUGCCUGCUCAACCACUACAAGCUCUCCACCUGGUCCUUCAUCACGAGGCAGAGCCAGGCCCGCAGGCACGAGCAUGCCCUCCAGCAGGACGGGUGUCUGUGGCCUUCGGACGGUGGCUCUCGACAAGGUGCCUCGGAGGUCCUCUACGCCCCCCAGGCCCGGGACCGCUUCACCGCCCCCUCCUUCAUGCAGCGCGACCGCUUCAGCCGCUUCCAGCCCACCUACCCGUACCUGCAGCACCAGAUCGACCUGCCGCCCACCAUCUCGCUGUCGGACGGCGAGGAGCCGCCGCCGUACCAGGGCCCCUGCACCCUGCAGCUGCGCGACCCCGAGCAGCAGAUGGAGCUCAACCGCGAGUCGGUGCGGGCGCCGCCCAACCGGACCAUCUACGACAGUGACUUGAUCGACAUGGGAGGGGGCGGGGGCCUGGCGGGGGUGGGCGGCGGCGGCGGAGGAGUGGGGGGGGGCGUCGGAGGCGGGAUGGGGGGCGCCGGCCCGAGGCCGCCCAGCAGCAACUCGGGCAUCAGCGCGGCGAACUCCAGCAGCCACGGGCGCAUGGAGGGGCCCCCGCCGGCGUACAGCGAGGUGAUGGGCCACUACCCCGGAUCAGCGUUCUUUCUACACCAGCACAGCAAUAACCAGAGGGCGGGGCGGCCGGGGGGGCCGGCGGCGCCGGGGGGGCCGGCGAGCAGGACGAUCCAGCAGCAGAGCCAAUCAGAAAGCACAAUUGUACCUGCCAAGGCCAAGGACGGCCAACCAGAGGACCUGGUGUGAAGAAAGGAGGCGGGGCCACCCCGCCCCGCCCCCAGACUGUCUCUUUUAACCCCGCCCCCCUCCUGGAUGACCAGUAAGCAGCGGUCUGUCUAACUCGCUCUCUCUUCUCUGUCCGUCUCGUCCUCACUCCCCACGCACAAAGUAAUGUCCGCCGCUACAAAGAGACAGACUUCAGACAGGACGUUCGCUCUGCACCCCCCCUCUGCCCCCUCCCCCAGAAACAAACACACCGCUAGCACAGAUUGAAUCUCUCUCUCUCUCGCUCGGCCCUCCCUCUCCUCGGGCGACAGCACCGUCCCCAGGAACGUCUUUUCUUCUUCUUCUUCUCCUUCUUCUUCUUUUUGGUUUGUUGUUUUUGGACCGGGAUCUGUGCACAAAAAGCGAGGACUGAGAAUCAAGGACUUUGCAGAGAACACAACAAAACAAAAAACUCACAAAACCCAAAAUCUUUAGUGCCAAGGUUCAGGAGGAAGCGGGACUGAGGGGGAAGCAGCGACUCGCUCAACAUUCAACACACACAAGAAAAGUUAUCCAAAAGUUGCACUAUUUUUUGUUGUUAAAGAGAAGAGGGAAACGAUGUUAUGUGACGAUGAUGAUGAUGUUCUUUUGUUUUUGUUUUUUUUCCCCUGUUUCAUUUAGUUUUUUGUUUUUGUUUUGUUUUUCCUCCUUUGGUCCUCUCAUGAACGGGAUGGUUGACUGACUGAACUUUGGCUCCACAGUUAUUUAAACAUUUUGGAGCAAAAAAACAAAACAAGUAUUAUAAGCUUAUAUCCUUUUUUUUUUAUUAUUAUUACUAUUAUCAGAAAAACCGCAAGAAAUACUCGUACCCAGCCUACUACAUUUCAGUCUGCUUACACCUGGGGCACAGUGAGACUUAGUAAGAGGAUAACCUUGUACCGCUUCACGUCUGCUCACUCCCGCCUCCGGAGGGGGGGAAUCGGCCCGGCGACCGGCUGCUGAAUCCUCCUCACAUCGCCUGCUCCGAUGUGGAGAGGAUUCAGAGUCUGGAAGCAAAACGAAGCCCCACAAAGAACCCGAGAACAUAUCGAAGAGUCCGGCCAGCCGCGGCUCCGAGCCCAUUCCUCCUCCUCCAGACCAGAGGCCCAAUAAAGAGAUGGACGACUCUGCUCGCCGGCGCCGCUCGGCUUACAGCUACACUAGCAUCAUAAAGUCUGCCUUACGGUAGAAACCUUCAUGUUUGGUUUGAAGCUUGACUGAGGGAAACUUCAGUAGCUAAGCUAGCUGAUGUUUUGUAAUGUUUUCCAGAAGACUUUAUGACAUUUUCAUCAAAUUUUAAUCAAUGACUUUAAACAGACGAGCAGGUUAUGGAGGAAAAGAUGUUCGUCUGGCGCUGCUCUCUGCUGCUAAUGUUAGCACUUGAAUUGGCCACCAGGGGGAGCCGGAGAGGUUAAAGCCAAAUGAAGCACUAAAAUGAGAAACAACAAGCAUCUUCAGAAUUAUUCGUUCACUUCGGUAACUUUAAGGAAGUAGUUUUUUUUUAGUGAGCGUUCCCUCAGCCGGCCACCAGGGGGCGAUCGUCCAUCUUUUUAUACAGACCUCUGAGCGCCUGACCUCUCCUCUCUGCAUACCUCCACCCCCCCACCUCCACCCUCCCCUCGUCUCGACAUGCUCGGUGCAUCCUGCCAACAGCCACACCCCGCCCAACAACCCCGCUGCCAUGACGACCACACCCAACACACACACACACACACACACACACACACACACACACUCACUCACACACACACAACAAACUAAACUAAACUAAACUGAACAGCAAGCGAGGCUCAGCGCUCCGUCGUCGUUCCUCUGGCGCCACAGGGAGCUCGGAGGCGGAGCGCGGCCUCCGUCAGCCCCGGCAGCACAGCGCUGCGGUCUGGAGGGGAGUGUGUGUGCGGUCCAGGUCAAAGGGCUACUGGGAGGCUCCUUCUUUUGUAAAACGACCUUUUUGAAAAUCUCGCCUUUUUCUCUGCUCAUCGUUGCCUUCUCCUCUGCUCGUGCGCUCUCCCUCCGUCUCGCUCUUCUCGUUAGCGCCUGUCGCCGCCCACCCCGCCCCUCCACCCCGCCCCGCCCCGCCCCCUCCGCCACCCAUCGCCUGCUCUCUAAGCCCCUCCUCCUCCACCCGUGUGCUGGAAAACAGCGCGAUCGAACCCCGCGGAGUCCGCCAAGCCCUUUAAAGUGGAGACAGGAGUGGAGCCCCCUCAUUCGACAGUGUGCUAGUGCUAGCCCGCUUCUCGCUCCGUGUGUGUGUGUGUGUCUGUGUGUGUGUGUGUCUGUGUGUGUGUGUGUGUGUGUGUGUGUGCUGGUCAGUCCUCUCCAACAACACAGGAAAGCACUUAAACGCUCCCUGCAGGUGUGUUGUGUCUGGAGGGAUUUAUUAACGCCGAGUUUAGAGAUGCCGGUUGCUUCAUCCGCCCGUCUGUCCGUAUGAACGCCCCCAUCAGGCCUCCUCGGGCGUCCAGCGCAGCGUCGGCUGGAUAGACCGCCAGGUUUAGACCAGGCUCACUUCCUGUCUCUCCACGGAACACCAAGACCGGGAGGUUACUCCAUGUUCUUCUGUCUGUCUCUCAGACAUGAUCCCCAUGAAUAUUCUGAUGUAGUUAUAAUCUUAGGUUCCUUUAUAAGUCGUUUCAAACCGUCAUCAGCUCUGAUCUGACGUCAGAUUAACAGCUACCGACGACUGCAGGAAGGAACAUGAAGCAGAUGUCCUCUAAGUUCUGGUUCAGUCUGUGGAGCUCCCGGCCCUGCUCCUCCUGGGUCGUACCUGGACUCCUGAGCGCCGCAGCUUGGCUCACAUUUCUACAGGAAAAUGUAAAAUUGGUGGUGAGAAUCGAACCAUCCACAGAUCAUUCUGCACUCAUGUUCCGUGUGACUGAGUCUAAUGCGACGGUGUGAUUUGACAUUACGACACACACCUCGACCCCUGGGUUGGCCUCUGAGGACAGAGAGAACAGCAGAGCUCCUGAGGGCUUGUCUUCACUGGAGUCCUGCCCGUGGAGGAGACUACAUCCUGGAACACAUUGCCAAAUCGAGCCUCGUAGAGAUCUGCUGCAGCCUGAAGCAGCGUCAACCACGGAUGGUGUUCAGUCCGAACCUCCGCCCAGGAACCCAGCUCCACCCCACCCCUCCUCCGAGUGUCUGAAUGUGUGUUCCCACUCUGUGUGUGUGUGCGCGUGCGUGCGUGUGUGUGUUACUACAUUGCUGCUACUGCUGUUGCUGCUACUGCUACUAUUGUUGCUACUGCUGCUUGUCAUGCCCCCACCCACCCCCACCCCCGGCUGUCCAUCCAGUCCCCUGACCCUCGCCCCACAACCCGGACGAUCGCUCGUGUCUGUAAAGAGUCGACCUGCUGGAGCCUCCGACUGCAGGGUUCCCGGUUUGAAUCCCGCUCCCCGGCCCUCCGCCUCCGCCCCCCCCCGCCCCCGCCCCCCAGCUCGCUCUGUCUGCGCAGUCAUGGCUCGUGCAAUGGAGGAUCUAAAAGAUGAACUUUAUGUUUUCUACAAGGAGGUUUGCAUGUUACUACUACGUGAGUAAAUAAGGUGCCUAACGUUCAUGUUUGAGCCGACCACACGUCGGGCCGGACCGCUGGUCGGAAUCCAGGCGACGGGCCGGGGGGGGGCGCCGUCCCACCGGGCACAGUAGAACACAAGUACACGGGGAGGUUUACGCUUUGCUAGGGUUUUUUUGUUUUUUCUUUUUUGCCGACAGUGUUUUGGAGCUUGGGAUCCGACAGUGAAGCGUGUAGCCGCUCAGUCCCGGGAGCUCGCCACAAGCCCCUCCCCCUUCCCGGAGAAAAGCGUCCAGACUGCGAUUCCGAGCAGCGGUGUGACUCCGAGUGUGGAGCAGACAUAGGAACCGUUCCACUUGCACUCAAAAAGCUCCCACCUUCGUUGUGCCUCACUUCCAACGGUGCUUUUUUCAGUAGUCUCUCUCUCUUUCUGUUUGUUUGUAAGGUGCUGUAUAUAACUUGAAUAUAUUAUGCACAUAUCCUACCCAAUGGGUAGAAAACCACAAAAAGAUGUUGUGAAUAAUGUAAUAUAAUGUAUAGACAAUAUAAGAAUUUUAAGAAGGCAGCAUCAAAUUUGUAAAUGCCUACAGUUAAAAACGAAAAUGUGCUUUUGUCUUUUUUUUAAAUGAGAAAACAUGGUUUGCAAAGUACGCUUAGAAUAUGGUUGCAACACAAAUACAAAUUACUACUUAUAAUAUUUUGCUAUAAAUAAUAGUCUGUUAUGAUAAGGAUGAGAUAACCUCUGUUCAGAAAAGAUACUCACCUUUAUUGGACUCCUGUCAUUCACCUACCGGCCGGUGUCUUUUUUUAAACUUUUUUUUAUAUAUGUUUUUUUUUUCUUUCUUUUGUCCUCUUCGACCACGGUUAACUAACAAAUGUAUAGUUCUAUUACGCAAGUCUUUUAAGAAGAACAUAUAUCAUGCAUCACUCUGUUUGUCUUCGGCCGACGGUCGCUGGUAUGACUCGCCGUUCGCUCUC